AGCAGGGAAAGGCUAAGAGACGAUGCGAAGAGUAGGGGCGGGGCUCGAAGACGCGUGGUGUAGAGCCUGUUGCUGUCCAGGACACCGAAAGGGGUGGUGAGGAGAGGGGUGGGACGAAAAGGUGUCGCGGUUUGGCGGGAAGGUGAAGAUCGAGGAGGUGCUGACCUACAAGGUAGCGCCGGCGUGGAACGAUGAGAAGGUUCCAGCCAGGCUGCACGCUGCCCUGCGAUGACCCCUGCUGGUUUUGCGUGGCCAAGACUCCGAGUCCUGUGGGUGCUGUGGGCACUGCUGGCGGUGCUGUUGUCACCGUGGAGGCUGUGGGCUAUCGAGGAUAACCAGGAGUGCACCUGGCAGGUUGUCCUGAACCGGUUCGAGACGAUAGGUAAGAACGACGGAAGCGACCGCUUCUUUAAUCAAGAGCCCCUGGACACAGUGGACGUUUUGUUCAGCCUUCUGGUGGACGCGCCCAUCGACCCGAACGAGAAAUACAUGGGCUUCCCUUACUACCUAAAGAUCAACUACUCCUGCAAGGGUGAGCUCUUCAGUCUGUUACCCCGGUACUUUGUGAAUGCUGCAUCGAGGCCCCUGUGGUACACCGUGAACCAGGCACCUGUGCUCAUUCUGGGUGGCAUUCCUGAGGAGAAGUCUGUUCUGCUGACUGACACGAGCUUCAAGGACUUCUUCUUCGUGGAGCUGAGCAUUGACAGUUGCUGGGUAGGCUCCUUCUACUGCCCCCAGGCCAGCUUCACUGCCACCAUCUAUGACGCCAUCGCCACCGAGAGCACACUCUUCAUUCGGCAGAACCAGCUUGUCUACUAUUUCACAGGCACCUAUAUCACACUCCACCAAAGCAACCGUGGCAGUGGGAACUGGGUUCGUGUGCUGGCCAAUGAGUGUAUCAAGAAGCUAUGCCCCGUGUAUUUCCAUGGCAAUGGCUCCGAGUACAUCAUGGCCCUCACCACUGGCAAGCAUGAAGGUUACUUCCACUUUGGGACCAUCACAGAUGGCCAUGUGUCCUUCAAGAUGCUGCCCAGGCAGCAGUCCGUGUGCAAAGGGAUACAAGUUGUUACCUGUUCCAUAACCUGGGCCACAUACAUUGCGGGCAGCUACAAUCUGCUGCUGCUGGUGGAGACUGAAGACAUCGCUACCAGGAAAUAUUUCCAAGUGGUCAGCUAUGACAUGGUCACUGAUUACCUGGCCGUCCUCUACACCAUCCCAGAAUUCAUCCCUGACGCUCGAGGCCUGGAGUUCCUGAUGAUCCUAGGGACAGAGUCUUAUACCAACUUCUCAAUGGUGCCCAAGGGCAUGUCCUACAACCCAUAUAACCACCUGCUGUUCAUCUGGGGCAACUUCCUCCUGCAAAGCUAUGACAGUGAAAACUUCAUCUACCUGGCGGACUUCCCCAAGGAGCUAUUCAUCAAGUACCUGGUCAACUCGUUCCUUGGGGACAUAGCUAUUGUCACAGAGACGGAGGAGAUCUGGUACCUUCAGGAGGGCAGCUACCGGGUGUACAAGCUGUUUCCCUCCAAGGGCUGGGAGGUGUACAUCAGCCUGCAGAUGAUGCAACAGUCCUCUCUCUACGCCCCCAAUGAGACUAUGGUCACUCUCUUUUAUGAAGAACGCAAUCUGUACCAGCUGGUGUACCUUGUAAACGGCCAGCAGAGCCAGCUCGUCAAGAGGCUUGUGCCCUUGGAGCAGCUUCUAAUGUACCAGCAACUCAGCAACCGCUACCUCUUGCAGCAGCAAGGGAGCCACCUGACGCUCUCCUUCACCAACUUAUGCCCCUUCACGGUGAUGCACCUGCGGGACCUGCCCAACCCGCAGAUCUACACGCGCCAGGAGCGCUACCGGGCGAAGCCGCCGCGCGUCCUGGAGCCUUCGGGCUUCCACAACGAGAACUCGCUCGCUGUCUAUCAGGGCCUCGUCUACUACCUGCUCUGGCUGCACUCCAAGUACAACAAGCCUUACGCCGACCCUGUGCACGACUCCACCUGGCGCUGGUGGAAGAACAAGAAACAGGACCAGGAUUAUUACUUCUACCUGGCGAGCAACUGGCAGAGCGCGGGUAACGUGCACAUUGACAUGGACAACUACGAAAAGAUCUACGACCUCAAGGCCGAGUACGAGCUACCCAAGCGCAUCUUCCUGGAUAAGGGCUCCAGCUACCGUUUCUCCAUCUUCCUAACCGUCCGGGGCCACUCAUUCAAGUCCCAGCCGGAAAUCGGCAACAGCUUCCAGCUGCAGAGGCAGGUGGAGCUGGGCGUGGUGCUGUCCAAUCCUAACUGCACUGAAGCGGUGGUGAAGCAGAAUGUCCUUACUGAUAGCAACUCGGUGCUUUUCUGGGUUACGCUCAGUGAUAACAGCUUUUGCUUGAACCAGGAUAUUAGUGGACAUCACCUCAUGAAGACCUCCAUUUUGGUCAAGGUGGCGAGCUCGGCUGGGCACUGCUUCCAGAACACGAUCCAGGGGCCCCGCAUGCAAGGCAACUUGAUGGUGCCACUGUUUAUCGGCUGCCCCCCGGGCAAACGUCUGGCCUUUGACAUCACCUACACUCUGGAGUACAACCGCCUGCAGAACAAACACUACUUCGACUGCGUGCACCUCGACCCCGAGAUGCCCUGCUUCCUCUUCCGUGAUAUCUUCUACCCCUUCUUCUUGAUCCAAGAUUUGGUGACAGGAGACUCUGGCAGUUUUCAGGGCAGCUACGUGCUGAAGGUGGUGGGUGGCGGACCCACCCUGGACACCAUCAGGGAAUACAGCGAGGAGGAGAUCUACCGCUUCAACAGCCCCCUGGACAACACCGACAGCCUCAUCUGGACUACAAAGAACACAACGACCACCAAGGACUUGGCCUUCAACAUCAUGUCCCACCAGAGCUUGGGCAUCGAGUGGCUGUGUCUGGAGAAUUCCCCAUGCCAUGACACCAUUCCCCAUAGCAUCUUCGCCCCUGAAUUCUUCUUCAAGGUGUUGGUGAGCAACAGAGGUGUGGACAAGAGCACCUACUGUGACUACCAGCUCAUCUUCCUGCUGCAUAUCCACGGGCUUCCACUCAGUGCCAAGCGGGCCCUCUUCAUCCUCAUAGUGUCAACCAGCGUAUUUCUCAGCCUGAUCUUCCUCUACAUCAUCAUCUGCCUCCUGCUGCCCCUGGUGGUGAGAAGCUGCAACAUCCUCCGCUGGAAGAUCAACAGCAUACUCACCACAGAAUCCUACUACACCCACAGCACCUCUUCCAGAGUCAGCAGCACAUCUGGGACCAAUGCCAGUGUUAGCUCCAGAGACAGCUCCAAGGUGGCACAGAAAAACAAGGCUGCACCUGAGGAGGAAAUGGUGAAGAAGCCACUAACCUGAGCCUUUUACCUGCCCCACCCAACCCCCACCCACCCUCAUCCCUUACUUCUUGGGCCAUUUUGGAAAUUCAACCUGUCACCCAUCCCAAGCCUUCCUUUCUGUUUUGCUUGAAUUUUUGCUUCUCCUUCAGAGCA